CAGAACAGAACGGCACCGCGGAGCUCAGAGAGGAGACGGACACAUAGUUGCUCCCUACAGAAACUAUCCUUCGCAUGGCUAGGCGGCCAAUACACAGUGUGUAUAGUAGUGAAGAAGAUGAGGAGGAUAUUGAGAUGUAUGAACACGACUACGAUGGACCGCUGGUCAAGGCAGCAAAACGCCAUCUAGGAAAAACACGCUGGACAAGAGAAGAGGAUGAGAAGUUAAAGAAGCUGGUAGAACAAAAUGGAUCCGCGGACUGGAGACUGAUCGCCAGCUUCUUACCUAACCGUACAGAUGUGCAGUGUCAGCACCGCUGGCAGAAGGUUCUCAACCCAGAACUCAUCAAAGGACCGUGGACCAAGGAGGAGGACCAGAGAGUGAUUGAACUAGUCCAGAAGUAUGGAGCCAAGCGUUGGUCGGUGAUCGCCAAGCACCUGAAGGGUCGGAUAGGGAAGCAGUGCAGAGAGCGCUGGCACAACCACCUGAACCCUGAGGUGAAGAAGACUUCCUGGACCGAGGAGGAGGACCAGAUCAUCUACCAGGCCCACGAGAAACUGGGCAACCGCUGGGCCGAGAUCGCCAAACUGCUGCCUGGCAGGACUGAUAAUGCUAUCAAGAACCACUGGAACUCUACGAUGCGUAGGAAGGUGGAACAGGAGGGUUACCUUCAGCACGCCUCCCACGCCAUCGCUCCCGGUUACGCCAACGCCAACCACCACAACGUGGGCUUCCAUCACCACUCCCAUCUCCCGCCCCUCUCCCCCCUCACGGGCAACUACCCCUAUAUUCCGGACCAUAGGAGACAUUACACUGAGGAGGACCCAGAGAAGGAGAAGAGGGUGAAGGAGAUUGAGCAGCUGCUCAUGUCAACAGAGAAUGAGCUGAGGGGACAGCCUGCACCACCUAUCAUUCCGUUCUCCAGCUGGAGGGGUCGUACCAGUUCAGAGGGCCGAGGUCAUCACCACCAGGCCACCGCCCCCUGCCUCUCUACAGAGAGCACCUCGUCCUCACACAGCAACAACAACAACAACAACAACAACAACAACAACAACAACAACAACAAUAACAACAUCAACAACAACAACAGUCACCACGACAGCCACACCCUCUCCAACCUCCCGGAGUUCAUGGAGUCAGUCAUCGACUCGUUCCUCAACCAAUCAGACAGCCACAGCUUACCAAUGGGCUCCCAGAAACCCCUGCUGGCCACGCCUCUACACCGAGACCACACACCCCGACACCAAAAAGAGAACGGCAUGUUCUGGACUCCUACUAUCCGUCGUUCCCUCCUGGAGUUGUCUCCUCGUACUCCGACCCCCUUCAGGUCCUCCAUGGUAGAGUGUGUAAAGCAGGAAUCUAUGGAGUGUGUUGUCUCGGUCGGGGGCUCCCCAGACCAACAGCCACCCUUAAAGAAGAUCAAACAAGAGAUGGAGUCUCCCUGUCUGCAGUGGGAGGGGCCAGACAUCCACGCCCAGCUCUUCUCCCCCUCCGGCCCCGCACAGGAAGUACCUGAUCUGCUGACUAGUUCUGUGCUGAGUGAAGACGGACACAAACCCUACCACAUCCCCCGUCGUCCUCUGGGCAGCCCGCUACAGCAGCUCAACACUUGGGACCAAGUGGCUUGUGGGAAGGUGGAGGACCAAGUCUUGGCUUUAGAGCAGAACCAUAAAUACAUCAACACUUACUCUGCCAGGACCUUGGUCAUGUAACAGACACACACAGACACUCGUUGGAUUCAACCAAAGACUUUCAUUUGUUUAUUUCUAUUUCAAUUUUUGUUUGUAUUCAUGGAUUGCAUGUUUUGUCACAAUAUUGUUUUGAAUGUUAGUUUUGAAUUGAUGCCUGACUGAGCAUUCUACUCAAUGCAUUGUCAAUGAGUGCUGAUGAAGAUUUAAUCCAAAGUGCAUUACAGUGGCUUGGAAAUACAAUGACAUUCAAAAGGAGGCAAAUAAUUAGUA